CAGUGUUAUUGACAUUGAGUUGUAGGAAAUUAGAAUGUAUUAGAUCAGAUUUAUGUUGAAGGGGGAGAUGAGUAUUAAAUUAAAUUAAAAAAAUAAAACAAUUUUGCAUUCUUAUAGGACAAAUGUCCCAUUUAUAUGACACGCUAAUGAAUUGAAAUAUUCCUGAUACAUUAUUGCACAACAUUUGUUAUGAUAAUGUAACCGCCAAAUAACUUGACAAUAGUGGAAUCCGCCAACUUGAUAUCAAUCUGAACGUUUGUUUAUCGGCCUUGACGCAACGGUGUCAGUUCUAAUUGGCUGUUUCUAAUUUGUGUUCACUAACCUGCAAAAACAGUAUUCGUUGCGUUCUAUAUCUGGAAACAUGGCGGCCAAAAUAUUUAUGGAUUUACCUGGAGGACUUAAAAUGCCGGCCAUUGGCCUCGGCACUUGGCAGGCUACUGAUGAGGAAGAGUUAGCAAAGGCAUUGGAUGCAGCUUUGGAAGUGGGUUAUCGCCACAUAGACACGGCUUUUGUCUACAACAAUGAAUUAAUAAUCGGCAAAGUACUUAAAAAAUGGUUCGAGUCAGGCAAAUUGAAAAGAGAGGAUCUGUUCAUCACCACCAAAUUACCUAUGUUCGCUGUAAAGGCUGAGAAGGUCGAAGAAUUGUUGACCACAUCGUUGAAAAAUUUGGGUCUUGAUUAUGUGGACUUGUACUUGAUACAUUUUCCUGUGUGCUUGAGGCUGGGGGAAGGCGAGACAUUCAGUAGGGAAGCUAAAUCUUUCGAAACAGAAGUCACCGAUCACAUUGCGGUGUGGAAGAAAAUGGAAGAACAAGUGGACGCUGGACGUACUAAAACAAUAGGUAUUUCCAAUUUCAACAAAAGGCAAAUUGAGAACAUCCUUAAGUCGAACCCAAGGAUCAGACCUGCCAACUUGCAGGUCGAAUUGCACGUUUAUUUGCAGCAACAAGAUUUGGUACAUUAUUGUCUGGAAAAUGGAAUCACUGUUACAGCUUAUUCGCCACUUGGAUCUCCAGGCCUCAACAAGUUCUUGGAAUCACUCGGCAAACCGACCAAACCUUUACCAGACAUGUUACACGAUGAGAAAAUUAAACAAAUUGCCUCCAAACACAAGAAAUCAAACGCCCAAAUUAUGUUAAGAUAUUUAAUACAAAGGAGUAUUAUAGUAAUUCCAAAAAGUGUCACUCCUGCAAGAUUGCAAGAGAAUAUUGAGAUAUUUGAUUUCGCUUUGGAUGCAGAGGACAUGGAUACUUUAAAUUCUUUGGAGGUUGGCGAAAGCGCCAGAGUUUGUGAUUUUAAAAUGUUCCCAGGGUUGGAGAAGAACGCAGAAUGGCCGUUUGAGUGACAAUAAAUUGCAAAAAUAUAUUUAAAAUGAAAUCUUUGUCAUACUGAGUAUUAUUAUCAAUAAAUUGAUAUUACUGAUUCAAAUAUUGUUCAAUUAAUAUUAAAAUCAAAUAUAUUA